AUGAUGACCGUCCAGCCGCAGAUGUCGACCGUCGAGGUCUUUGACAGCGUCGGCCCAGCCUACGAGGAUGCCUUCCACGGCCUGUCCACGCAGGCUGCCUCGCUGCGCUGGCUGCUGGCCCAGCUGCCGGCUGCUGGUGGUGCCCGUGUCGUCGACGUUGGCUGCGGCACUGGCCGGCCUGUGGUCAGCACCCUGGCCGACGCCGGCCACGACGUGCUAGGCAUCGACAUCUCGCCCGCCAUGCUCGAGGCUGCCCGUGAGCGCGUGCCUCGCGGCCGGUUCGAGCUGAUCGACGCGCGUGACUAUGUCCGGCGGGAGGAAACAUCCAGGACCGGAACUCUGCACGCUGUCACCAUCUACUUUAGCCUCAUCGCCGGCGUCAGCCAGCAGGACAUCCGCGCUCUGCUCGCCGGCUUCGGUCGCCUGCUCCGGCCAGGCGGCUCGCUCGUCUUUGCUACCGUGCCGCUGCCGGUCGAAAAUAAAGCCAUCCGCUGGAUGGGCCGUCCGGUCACCGUGUCUAGCCUCGCGCCCGAGGACGCCCUGGCAUCUGUCCGCGCUGCCGGCCUUCGCGUCGUCCACCACGAACAGACCACCUUCUGGCCACGCAGCGCCGAGGCUGGCAUCUGCCGGCCCGAAGACGUCUGGGAAGAGCCGCAUCUGUUUGUCUAUGCAAAGAAGCCGGAGUAG